GAACAAAUCGUGACAAUAAAAAAUAUUAAAUAAACUUAAAAAAUGUUACGAAAUAAAAUAUUGCCAAUUUAAUUGAAUUUCAUAAUUUUAAAAUUUAUGCACAAAUAAGCAGUGAUAGUCUUUGUUAAAAAUAAGUUAUUCCAAACUGUUAGUAACAGUUGGUUUUGAGUUAUUGGUGACUGUUAUGUGCAAUAACAGAAAAAGAACAACAGAAAAAAAAUCGAGCAAAUCAUUGUCACAAAAAGAAACAAAAGAAACUUGAAAAAUUCCAAAACACAAAUAUAAAAAACUAAAAAUCGUUUUGUGUUGGUGUGUGCUAGAGAGACGCAAUGUUUCAUUUCAGUGGCUUCAACAUGAUGUUCCCCGACGGCGGACGCAGUUUCCAGGCCACCUACAAAUGUUUCUCCGUCUCAAUGCUGCCCGGCAACGAACGCUCAGAUGUCGAAAAAGGCGGAAAAAUUAUAAUGCCACCAUCGGCGCUGGAUUCGCUGACACGUCUCAAUGUGGAAUAUCCGAUGUUGUUCAAGCUGACGAACAAAAAGAAAUCUCGAUCUUCGCACGCCGGCGUCUUGGAAUUUGUGGCGGAUGAGGGAAAAUGCUACUUACCCUAUUGGAUGAUGGACAAUCUGCUGCUCGAGGAGGGUGACAUACUCAGCAUUGAGAGCGUAUCACUGCAAGUGGCGACAUUCUCGAAAUUUCAACCGCAUAGCACCGAUUUUCUGGAUAUAACCAAUCCCAAAGCCGUUCUGGAAAAUGCUCUGCGAAAUUUCGCCUGUUUGACCAAAGGCGAUGUCAUCGCCAUCAAGUACAACAAGAAGGUGUAUGAGCUGUGUGUGCUGGAGACGAAGCCCGGCAAUGCGGUCAGCAUCAUUGAGUGCGACAUGAAUGUGGAAUUUGAGGCGCCCGUCGGCUAUAAGGAUCACAGCGAACAGCAGCAGGCAGCGCAACUGGCGGGCAACCAAGCAGCUGGAGGCAGUGGUGGAGAAACGGGUGCUGCUGCUGGUGGUGGAGCUGGUGGCAGCAACGCUGGUGCUGGUGGCUCAGCCCUGCUCGAGGAGGUCGUGGAGACGUUCAAGGGCUCCGGCGUGCGGCUCGAUGGCAAGAAGAAAAAGGAUAGCCAACUGGAGACACCGGUGCUGAAGAAAAUGCUGCCACGUGGCGUCCCAGACUAUGAUUAUCAGUUUGGCCUCUUGCGCUUCGAUCGCGCCAUCAAACCGAUUAGCGAUCGUGUCCAGCAGGAGGCCGUUGCCAACACGGGCGGUGAGCCGGGCGCUGGCCAAGAUGCCGACAGUUUCCAUGGCACCGGUUUCUCCAUGAAGAAGACGCGCAAAUAAUACGGAUCAUAUAUAUAUUUAUAUCUGCUCUACAUAGAAAUUAGUAAAUAUAAAUUGUAAAAAA